UGGUUUUUGGGUUUCUGUUUGUGUGAAGCCAUGGCUGCCUUUCGAUUCACUUGCUGUGUCCCAGAUCUCUGAAGAGCUGUUCGGAACACAUUCCUGGGUUGGCCGUACUAUACGGUGAAGAGAAUGAGUCAAGAAGAUGGCAUGAACAAAGCGGGGUCGACCAGGUCGACAUAGAUGCAGAGGAGAAGAUGGUGACAGUCUCAGGCAAUGUUGAUCCUGCCAUCCUUCUGCAAACGCUAAAAAAGGCUGGUAACUGUGCAGAGCUCUGGGGCUCAGAGGAUGGAAAGAACGACGACCAGCUUAAGGAUGGGAAAGGGCAGCAGGAAGACAAUGGCAAGCCCAAAAAGGGUGGUGGAGGAAGAUGUAAAAAUAUGAAGCUCCCCCACCUGCAGGGCCCGAAGUUGCCCUUCGGCCGAAAGGAUAAGAAGUCAGUCAAGUUCGACCUUCCUCCCGAGAAUAAUGCCGAUGAAGAGAGAGGCAGCGAUGAGGAGAGAGACCACAAUGAGGAGGCUGAUGACAUCCAUGGAGACAACGAGGACAACCAAAACCAGGAUGAUGACAUUGACGGCGACAAUGAGGACAACCAAAACCAGGGUGAUGACGUUGACGAUGACAGUGAGGACAACCCAAACCAGGGUGGUGGUGGUGAAAAUGGAGGAGGAAACAAUAACAAGGCGGCCCAGCCAUAUGGGGAAUAUUCCGGCUGGUUACUUUCAUGGAGGCAUGGCGGCACCAGAGAUGUCUGCUCCUUCUACCAACCCCUACCGGCAGCAAUACAUGGCUGUCAUGAUGGAGCAGCAGAGGAUGAUGAUGAGCGGUCAAACUGGCGGCGCUGCAAACCCGCCACUGCCAAAUGGUUACGGGACGCCGUACGCGCCACGUCAUGUGGACGAAGAAAAUGAACCUACUGACGGAGCUGCUGCUCUGCUAGCUUUCAUAGACAUGUUAAUAUGUCUUUAUAAAGUUGAAGAUUAUUAUAAUUAUGAAAGCAUGUUCCUCUAUGAUGAGCAAACACUCUGGUGGUCAUCCAUUUUUCUUUCUAUCCUUUUCUUCUUUAAACUGCUAGUCGGGCUUUCAUCCUGAAUUGGAGUGCAGAAGGUGAUUGUGAUGCAUUGGCGAUGUUCUCUGUAUUAGACUGAGAGGGAUUGGUUGUGC